AUGGCCUCUGCAUUUUCUGACAUCGCAGUCACCGUCGUAUUUCGCGGCACUCCUCAUCACGUCAAUUUGCUUCCCGAGAGCACACUGGGUGACCUACAGAAUCAGCUGGAGAAGGCCACAUCUGUAUCACCCUCCCUACAGAAGCUCCUUUACAAAGGCAAGAAUAUCAAGCAGAAUAGAGAUGGCCAAGAGACGAUAGCUUCAAUGGGUCUUCGCAAUGGGUCCAAGAUCCAAAUGUUGGGAACUACGUCAGAAGAGUUGGAUGGUAUACAGGCGACAGAGAGCGAACAAAAGCGGAUCAACCAGAUAUUGCAAGAGCGAGCGCUGAAACCGGCUUACAAGGUUCGCUCUACAGGGACGAUGAACAGUGCUUCGCUCAACUACGGUUUUCAUCAACUGCUGCCUCUUCCUCACUUACGCAACCCUACCUCCGCACAUAAACUCUUACGGCGCCUAUCGGAUGAUCCAGCCAUCCAGCACAUCAUGCAGCAGCAUCAGUUCUCUGUUGGUGUAUUAACCGAGUUGGCACCCCAUGAGCAUCCCGGGUUGCUUGGUCUUAACGUUAAUGCCGGGCAGCAGAUUAAACUUCGACUACGGACAGAUCGUUAUGAUGGAUUCCGUGCAUACAAUGAGGUCCGGCGUGUUCUAUGUCAUGAACUGACGCACAACGUUUGGGGAGAUCAUAACAACGACUUCAAGGAACUCAAUUCGAAGCUCAACAGAGAGGUCGCCGAAUUCGAACGUGCCAGACGCGAUGGCACGCAUUCUCUGUCUGGUCUGGACUCUUACGACGUGUACGAACCAUCGCCGGAACUCGAGGCGGAGGCCCAUAUACACGUCCUCGGAGGAUCUGGUCCUUUCAACCGUGACGAGGAACGUCGUCGGCAUCUGUCGACAGAGCAGGAAUUGGAAGAUUCUUGUGGAACUGCAGGCCCAUCUUCACUAGGCCCUUAAAGCCAAGCAUCGACAAUUCAUAUUCAUUAUAAUCAAGGUCUUGUUCGUCGGAAUAUUGUAGAUGCUAAAGACGGAACAGCGGCGUUCCACUGUUUAAGUGGAGGCCAGUUGCUGCUAAGGACAUCGGUAAGUAUGGUAAAUAGUAGUACUUACUGUAAGCCAAGCCUUGGAUGGGUGCUCAGUGCCCGACGGAUAUGGAGACUUAUUUGCAUAAUUAAAUAUAUGAUACGUUAUUUACACCUGUUAUUAUUCAG